CCCCUGUGGAAGCAGCAGAGUGGUAUGUUCCACUCGUCACGUCAACAUGGAGGCCCUGCAAACACUUUAAACAACAUGGAAGUCGACAACUGAUCAAGUAACACUUUCAAACUCAACUUUCUUGAUUUUAUUCCUGUACUUUGUCGCCUGCAGCAGCUGACUUAAAAAAAUUAGACGCCGCCAUUGUCGUUUUUAUACUCUUUUAAAUAUCGUUAUUGUUGUUAUCACCUGCGGUAGUGUUUGCAGAUGGAACCAAGAUACGUGACACGCAUUCACCAAGAGGUCAGUUCUUUCCCGGCACCUUUUUCUGCCGACGUGAGGGAAAAGCAACACGCGGGCUUGAACGUAGUGACGGUGACCGCAGGAUGGAGACAGGCGGAUGCUGUGAGAGGAUCCAGACUUGGCUUCUCACAACAGUGGACUCUCAUCCUGGACUCCGAGGACCGGAAGACCAUUGGGACAGUCCUCCCACCUGGACCGCCUGGACCACAGUCUGCAGAAGUUCUGAGUGGAGCGUCCCCUAGUGGUGCAGUGAGGGCGCUGGUUGCAGACACAGGUGGUCAGCAGCUGAUGGAGAUCUGGGACCAUCAUGGACUCCGGAAGUGUCUCAACUUGACCGCCCUCAACAAACAUGGCGCCGUCUACGAUGACAGUCAGUUUGGAGUUCUUUCCUGGUCUCAGUGUGAGAGCAAGAUUCUCUACGUGGCCGAGAAACUGAGGACAACAAAUGUUGAUGAUCAGUCUGCAUGGGGGACGGUAGAACACACACACACACACACACACACACACACACACACACACACACACACACACACACACACACACUCGCAGGUACAAAAAAAGGACAUGUGGUGUGUCCACAAACAGGAGCGGAGUGUGUACCUUGAAGACUGGGGCGAGGCUCUGACCACCAGGAGCACGCCCGUCAUGUGUGUGCUGGACCUGCACAGUGGAGCGCUGGACGUGUUGCAGGGCGUCCCCGCCGACGUCUCACCUGGACAGGCUUGCUGGGCCCCAGGAGGUCAGCGUGUGUUUUUUGUGGGCUGGUACCAUGAACCCUUCAGACUGGGACUCAAGUUCUGCUCCAAUCGCAGGUCAGCAUUGUUCCAGCUCAGCAUGGACGGCAACUGUGAGCGUUUGACGGGGCACCAGCAGUCCGUGUCCUGUCCCAGGCUGAGUCCAGACGGGUCCACGCUGGUCUACUUGCAGGGUCAGGUUUUUGGACCGCACCACCAGUGCCUGAGUCUGCAGCAGCUGGACUUGGCCAGCCUGAAGUGGUCCACACUGGUAGAUGUCGUAAAUCGGCCACCACCUGGUGGGUUUGCUGGUAUUUAUGAAGUUCUGCCGUCCUGCUGUUGGUCAGCUGACAGUCACAUAGUCGUCUUCAGCAGUGCCUGUCACAACCGCAAGGACGUCUUCAUGGUGGACAGAAGAACCAAGAAGGUGACCCGCCUCUCUGGCCUCUCUGACACCUCCCACCUCUACGGCAGCUGGAAACUUCUGACCGUUCAGAGAGACUUGAUGGUGGUUUGCUGCUCCAGCCCCAACACACCCCCUGCUCUGCUGCUCGGUUUCCUCCCUUCAUCAGGUGAGCAUGUGGUGUCCUGGCGCCCCCUUCAGGAGCCCAUCACCACCUUUGACUUCCAGUGGAGUCUUCUAGAAGUGGAACCUCCGGCAGAAGAGUGCAACUCAAACUACCCCGACUUGAAGUUCGGAGCGGUCCUCGUCAAACCCCACGGAAGUCCCCUCUGCGGCACCAAGACCCCACUUGUGGUCUUCAUCCACGGUGGCCCACACUCGCAGUUUGCAGCGGAGUGGAACGUCACCACGGCCGGCCUGGUCUCGCUGGGCUUUGCUGUGCUGAUGGUCAACUACCGCGGCUCCACGGGCUUUGGGCAGGACAGUAUUUCAUCCCUCGUUGGACACAUUGGGCAACAAGACGUCAAAGACGUACAGAGGGCCGUGCUCACCGCGUUGCACAGCGACACCACCCUGGACGGCGAGCGCGUGGCCGCCGUGGGAGGUUCCCACGGAGGCUUCCUGUCGUGCCACCUGGUGGCGCAGUACCCGGACUUCUACAGAGCGUGUGCGGCCAGGAACCCCGUCAUCAAUGCCGCCACCUUGCUGGGCACCAGCGACAUCGUAGACUGGCGCUACACCAGCGUGGGCUUGCAGUAUUCCUACCAGCACACGCCCACUGCUGAGGCGCUGGCGGCCAUGUUGGAGAGGUCCCCCAUCGUGCACGCUGCGCAGAUCAAGGCCCCUGUGCUCCUCAUGCUGGGCGCCAGAGACCGGCGGGUGUCUCCUCACCAAGGACUGGAGCUCUACAAGGCCCUCAAGAGCAGAGCGUCGCCUGUCAGGUUGUUGUGGUUUGCAGAGGAGGGGCACGCUUUGUCCAGAGUGGACACUCAGGCUCAGUGCUUCCUCAACGUGGUGCUGUGGCUGCACCAACACCUUUAAACAACCCCGGUAACCUUGUAGUACUACUUGUCGUCAUCCUCAACAUCUCCAGCAGGGGGCAGCCUCCAUCUAGCAUAGCAGUUUUGACACUUAAAACCAUGAAUUGUUUAUAUUUCAUGCUCACUAAAUAACAACUGCUGUGUUUGUACUUACUGGCGACACAAUACACACCAAAUACAAUCAUCAAAUUGAUAGAAUAAAGUUUUUAUAAUGUUAUGAGAAUA